CUCAAAUUAAUUGGAGGACAACAAUCAAUGGCACCACAAUCUGAAGCAAAAAGAAAAUCUGCCGAGGAGUUGCCUUUUGAAAAUCAGCCUGUCGAGGAGCUGCCUGUUGUGCACCCUGUCGAGGAGCUGCCUCUUGAGCAGCCUGUCCAGGAGCUACCUCUUGACCAACAUGGCAAAGAUUUUCCUUUCGAGGAUCAAGUGCAAAUGAAUUCUUUCACUCCUCAAACAAAUGAUCAACCUGAAGAACAAGGUAACAUAUAAGAUUACAAACCUAUUAAAUGUAUUCAUAAUUUUUAAUUAUAUUUCGUUUAUUUUCUUAGAGCUGGAGAUGUUUCCAGUCCAAAUAAAAGAGGUAGAACGCAAAUGCAUGAUGUUCAUGCCCGAAAAGAACGUAAGUUGAUCAUACUGAAUAGUCAAAAUCAACAUGUUGGUCCUACGGAUGAUGUUGUCAUAGAGCUAAGUAGCUUCCUAGGAACAUUGGCUAGAAAUGCGACUCUUUGCCCAUUUGAUAUAUUGGAUUGGAGGAGCAUGGACACUAAAAAGGAUUUGUGGGAUUAUACCAAGGGGAAAUAUAUUAUUCCUGAAGCUGCGUACCAUUGGGCUAUGGUAACAAUUCGAGAUGCUUGGAGAAGACAUAGAAGUGAUUUGAAGCUUAAUUAUUACGAUCCAUAUGAAAAUGAUGCAGUUCGAAUGGCAAAAAAGUCUGGUCAUAUUCAAGAAUGUCAAUUUAGAGAGCUACUCAAAUAUUGGAAUUCUGAAAAAUUCAAGAAAAUGUCUGAAACAAAUGCAAAGAAUCGAAAAAAACUGAUGAAUCCACACACUGCUGGCAAAAAGAGUUUCGCUUUAGUUCGUAAUAAGCUGGAGAAAGAUAAGGAGACAGUAUCAUCUAAGGAUCUCUUUGUGGUUAUAAGAACAAGAAAACCUAGGCGAUCGUACAAGGCCUCAAAUGAAGAUACUACUAGUAAAAUUGUAUGUGCCUGUUUAUUUUAAUUUUUUUUGUUGAGAUCAAUUAUUUAUUUCAUAAGAUUGUAUUUGUUGGAUAUACUUUGGUAGGCUGAAAUGGAGUAAAUUGAAAAAUAAAUAAGCAUAAAUGGUGAGUAUGUUGAUGCAUUUUCAAGCGUCAUGGGUCCUGAACAUCCGGGACGUCUAAGACUAUAUGGCGCAGGAGUUACAAAGACUACUUUGAAAAAAAAAGUUGGCAAUUGGGAAUCAACUUUAAGUGCAACAACUGAUGGAAUGCAGCAAAUGCAAGAGAGGAUGCAGAAAAUGGAGAAACAAAUGGAGGAACAAAAGAAAAUUGUGCGACAAGAAGUUAUUGCAGAUGUUAUUGCACAACUUAAGCAUGCAGGAUUAAUUGAUCCUAACAU